CUAACCCGCAGUCACACAACAUAGGGGAGUUCCUUUGACUCAGACGGACGUACUCGUCGUGUUCUCUCGACCCUGCAGAUUAUUUCCUGAAUCACUCUUAAUAUGAGCAUCAGCACCGUCCUUCAAGGUGGACUAGUUUACAAUCGUCGAGUUUAAUCCUCGUUACGGUAGCAGAAGUCGUGACAAACAGUUGAAUUUAGCUGAUCAUCAAGUUUGGAGAUUUUUUUUUCCUUUUCCUCGAACGGAGAUGCCUGAGGACAUUGGGACAGCCAAGCCUGGAGGAGUCAUAGCCUAUAUUUCCUCUGGCUCCGCCUCCAGCCCAGAGUCCUGUAUGAGCACAAGCUCCAGCAGCAGCUACCUGUCGACAUCGCCCACCCCGUCCCGCCCCUCGUUGCCUAGCAGGGCUGUAGGCAUGGUGGUGGAUAUCUCUCCGCCAGCCAAGAACAGCCACCAGCGUGGACACGGCGUGGAGAAGGCAGGUCGCUCGUCAACAUCGACCAAGAGCAGCAUCACGAAAAUCAACGGUAUGGUGCUGUUGUGUAAGGUCUGCGGUGACGUGGCCUCGGGCUUCCACUAUGGCGUUCAUGCUUGUGAAGGCUGCAAGGGCUUCUUCAGGAGAAGCAUCCAACAAAACAUCCAGUACAAGAAGUGUCUUAAGAUGGAGAACUGCACCAUCAUGAGAAUCAACAGGAACCGCUGCCAGCAGUGUCGCUUCAAGAAGUGUCUGGCUGUUGGCAUGUCUAGAGAUGCUGUCAGAUUUGGACGCAUCCCAAAGCGGGAGAAGCAGAGGAUGCUCCUGGAGAUGCAGAAAGUCAUGACCGACGUGAUGAGUAAUAACAGCCAGCUGCACAGCAUGUUGCAUGGACACCAGAGCCCCUCGCUGCCCAUGGAGACCCUGUCCAAUGACUCCAGCUCUUCGACUUCCUCUUCCUCCUCCUCUGCUUCUGAUUCGCCCUCGAGCUCCAGCCCCUCCUCCCCACAGUGCCCUCAGGACUCAGAGUCCGUUGUUUCCAUGGACACCAACUCCAGCUCCGCCUCAUCAUGCGCAUCAGACAGUGGUGAGGACGAGGCAGUCGUUUCGGUGAGCAGGCAACACCAAGAUGCCUUCACAUUUAGCCAAGAGAGGUCACCAAGACAGGACCAGGCUUCACCCUCACCGGUCACCCUGGUGACGGGCUGUGAAAACCGCAUGGAGGAGCAGCAGGAGAGCUGGAACAGCUGGAACAACAGCACAGCUGUGGGAGGGUUUCAGCACUGUUCAUACAGUAAAAGCCAACACGUCACCAACACUGCUUACAGGGAGGAGAGAGGAGUUUACCAGCAGCAGCUCAACAGUGCCCCCAGCUGUGAGCCAUCAGAAGACAGCCAGUUUAACACACCAACUGCCUCAAGUGGUUACAAUGGACCAAUCCACUGUGUCAACAACAGAGCACACUUGGUCUGUCCCAUGAACACAUCGCCCUAUGUGGACCCUAACAAGCCAAGCCAGGAGAUCUGGGAGGAGUUCUCCAUGAGCUUCACCCCCGCUGUGCGGGAGGUUGUCGAUUUUGCCAAGAGGAUCCCGGGCUUCCGUGACCUCUCAGAGCAUGACCAAGUCAGCCUGUUGAAAGCUGGAACUUUCGAGGUGCUGAUGGUCCGCUUCGCCUCUCUGUUCAACAUGGUUGAGCGCACGGUGACCUUUCUUAGUGGCAAACGUUACAGCCUCGACACACUACGGUCGCUAGGUGCUGGUGAGCUGCUGAACUCCAUGUGCGAGUUCAGCGAGAAGCUGGCAGCGCUGCGGCUGGACUCAGACGAAAUGAGCCUUUUCACAGCCGUGGUGCUUGUCUCAGCAGAUCGCUCAGGGAUCCAUGACUUGAACUCAGUGGAGGCCCUGCAGGACAAACUGAUCCGGGCUCUGCGUAACCUUGUGAUGCAGAACCACGGCGAGGAGGCGGCCACCACUUUCACCAAGCUGCUGCUCAAGCUUCCUGAGCUGCGUUCUCUUAACAACAUGCACUCAGAGGAACUGCUCUCAUUCAAAGUUCACCCAUGAAAGCUUCCUGAUGGAGGGGUUAUCUUCGGUGCCCUCCACCCUAAUCCACACACCUCCACCUCCACCAGGACCUGCCUCUUACAGUCCCCUCGUUACUCGACCAACCCUCCUUUGUGUGUCUGUUUUAUAGAAUGUAAAAGUUGUUUUUUAUCUAUUUUUGUUAUGUAGACCAUGUGGGGUCUGAGGAGUGAAGAAUAUAAAAUGUACUGUAUUUAAAGAGAUAACUUACGCUUGUUGCACACAAACACACGUAAGUGCACGUGUGUUUGAAAGUUUCUGAGUUUGUUGAGAUUCAUGGCGCUUUUCUGUUUGUGAGUGAAACAAGAGUACUUAACUGGCUUUAGGAAAACUUCAAUUAGAAACUAAUUAGCGGAUCCAAAAGCCAUUUAAUUCCAAAGUGUAUUUUCUGAUGAGUGAGUGAAUGUGAGAAACAACAAAAAACGUACACACCGCAUGUCUGUUUGGUCCAAUAUUUUGACAGAGAAAGGCAAGCUAACAGAAAAUGGAUCUGAAUGUGUGACGAUCGCUGCUAUUGCAUGGCUGUACUUAAUGCGAACAUCUAUUACUUGGAUCUUCUCCCCUUGCCUCAGAAAGCAUCAGUUCUUUGUUUUCAGCAUGUAUAAAGUGUUUGCUUUUUUUAUUUAAUGCUUUUUUACAUGUACACUGCCUGUACACUAACUGGUGAUUUCUGGGGGAGUUGAUGACGCCAUUUUUCAGCAACACUACAUUUGCACAUGUUCUGUAGCAGAAUAAAAUAAAACAAGUAAUGCAAAAUCCACAAAAUGUGUGACUCCGCAUAAUGUAAAGGCUACAUGUUAUCUUAGUCACGCCUGAGUGUUUCUGUUGUUUGCCCACUUUCCAAUUUAUAUGACUUUUUGUUUUAUUUUUUAUCAAACUGUGUGCUUUCGGCAUAGCACUGAAUUUGACAUUUGUUCUUUUGUUAUCCAGUUUGUUGAAAUACUUGUUUCUUUGACUGGCAGCACUGCCACUUGUAAAUAACUAUAAAUAUAUAUAUAAAUAUAUAUAUAUAUAAAUAUCUGAUGAACAUAGAAUAUAAAUAUGAUAUAGUAUGAAUAAAUACAAAUGAAGUGUA